UUUACAAAACGAGGCUGUACGCAUUAGAUCCUCACAGCGCACGUGCCGGAAGACCUAAAAAAUCUCUCGACAAACAUGUCCUUUGGUCGUACAAAGGAAUCAUAAUGCGUUAUAAUUUUCAGGUCUGAAAAACAUAACAGUAACGGAGCAGUUGCUAAUUGGUGUUACGAAACUUGCAUUAUGCAACUUGUGCUUGAUAGAAUAUGUACAUGCAAUAAUCGUGUGAAUAAGCCAAGUAAAGUUGUUUGACGCGCGCGGCUAGUGCUUGUUAUACUUAUGCCAUAACACUAACACAAUAGGAAAAGUACUGAAGUAAAUUUUUACUCGAAGACAAGACAGUACGUGAAAGUAGUAUAAAAUAACUAGUAUAAAAUGGAUACGCGUCGCUUGUAUAUUGGAGGAAUUUCGGAAUCGACUCUGGAAAAUGAUAUCAAGGCCAAAUUUGGCGAAUUUGGCAGUGUAAAAAGCGUUGAGAUCCGCUGUAAAGAAAACUAUGGAAAUCGGCGAUAUUUUGCGUAUAUUGAUAUUGAAGCAGAUUCUAAGUCCAUUGACAACUGUGUACACCAAUGUAAUAAUUUAGAAUGGAAAGGAGGAUGUCUAAAAGUGCAACCAGCUAAAGAGAGUUACCUGCAAAAAACUCAAAAAGAGAUUUUCGAAAGAAAAAUUCAGACAGAAACAUUCACCAAAGGUGCAUCAUCGUAUGGUUCUUUUGGGCAAUACCGAAACGAAAAAACCGAUUACAAACCUGAGGCAGAGAGCCAAACCUCUCAAAAGAACUGUGGUGAAUAUGAGUCUGAAGAUCAUUAUAUGGAAGUUGACAAAACGAAUGAGCACCCUAAUGAUAAAAAGAGAGGUUCUGGCAAUGACCAAGGAUUCGACGGCCAUCAUUCAUGUCACAAAACGCGCAAAUUUUCCCAGGAACAUGAUCGACAUAACCAAAAUUGGAAAAUAAAGCGAAAAUAUUGGAAAGGCAAAAAAUCAGAUAACCACGAUAGCGACGAGAGGAACAUACAUCGGAAGGUAAACAAUAGAGAAGAUGUCCGCCAAAAAAAGAGUGAGGGACGCGAACGUCAGACUUGGGAAAGACAGGAAUUUGGUGGCACAUCUACUGCUCAAAUGAACUGGGAUAGUAGCUUAAAUAGGCAGCAACGAAGCAAUCAACGGUUCAACGGGCAAAGAGAUAGUAGAAGACUGGAAAGUCAUUCACUAAAAGACGACGUUAAGGGUGACAAGACGGACACGUUCGAGUCGCGAAGGGACGAUCUUUUCGAAGAGAUUGACGCUGCGGACGAUAUCGGUAAACAGGAUGAUGACGAGAUGCCUAAUCUAGACGAAGACGGCAAAAGUAGUGAGGGCACAUAUCCAGCCAAUUGGGAACGUGAAGAUGAUCCAAUUUCUGAAGACAACCUCAAAAAGCUUUUUGAUCAAAAAGAAAAUCAGGGGUUCACGCUUUCAUCACUCUUUGCUGAUCAGCUUAAAGUCGAGGAGAUGUCUUCAUCCGACGAUGACAAUGAAAAUGAUAAUUUUCCAAGACGAAUGCGACGAGAUUCGCGUAACGAAAGCCACACCGAGGAACGGUUUGGAGAUGAUUACUGGCGGCGAAUUGAAGACAAACGUAAAGUUCACCAGAAAAGUUGGGAAGAAAUGCGUUACAGAGCAAAUGAUGAUUGUGUACAACCGUUAAAGAGUGGAACCCUAAAAAGUUUCUUUUUUCUGCCGGGAGACGAGCGCUUAAACGAGGGUUCGGAAGUGUUCCAGACGAACGUAGAUCCUCAGCACUUCAUCGAUGCCUGGGCCGAGCAGGCAGAACAGCUUACUUUGCGCCUAUUUCAACGCAAAACGAACGCAGGAGUUCAGCAUCAGAUAGUCCAACGAUUAGCUAAUGGGGGCCAGGGCUUGCAAAGGAAGUCACUCAAAAAAGGCGCUCAUCGCGGUUCAUCUUAGAACAGAAUGCUGUGUAUAUGCAGAUGUAUAUGCAGACUAUCGUCGAAGGGCUGGAUUUCCACCCUGUGAAUUUCUGCCGAGUAUCUCCCAG